CUAGCUUCCAGCAUUUGAUGUUCGGACAAAGUCCUACGGGUGAUCGACGAAACUCGCUGCGGAUUGCAUUUCUACAGGAGCGGGAUCGUGCCGAGGAAGACUAAGAAUAGGGAACGCAUUGAAGAUCAGGCGAGCGUCAUGUCUGGAGAGGGCGGACUGAGUGUCAGACGACUGAAGUAGUUCUGCGAGCAGCGGUGUCGAGGAAUUCGAGCGAACUGCACCAGAGAAGAGGGGGUCGGCACGGGGUGUCGAUCGAUCUGUCUCGAGCAUUUGUUGUUGUCGGGGAGUCGGGAUUGUUGGAGUGAGAAAUGGCUGCAGGGUGCGUCGUGUUUCAUUCGAUAGGGCGCGUCGGGGCGCCCUCGAUUGCCAAUGUGUCAUCCGGGACGACGAGUGGUCGCCCGUCGACUGCCUGGUCUGGAGCUGGAAAUGUGCGCUUGGCUCGGCGAUCCUCGAAGAAUCGGGCAGGGAUUUGUCAAGCGUCGUUGUCGACGACAUGCGCGCCGCUCGUUCUGUCGGUCCCGCAGGUGUUGGAGCAGCUGUUGAACAAGGAGGAUCUGACACAGGCGCAGACGGAGCAGUUCAUGGACUCGUUGCUCACAGGGGCAGAUCCAGCGCAGAUCAGUGCGUUUCUCACUCUGAUGCGAGCCAAAGGCGAAACCGUGGCCGAGAUCACAGGCCUGGCCAAGGCGAUGCUGGCUCGUUCGGUCCCUGUGAAAGUCGACGGUGCUCUGGACAUCGUGGGCACAGGGGGCGACGGUGCCAACACUGUGAAUAUCUCGACGGGCGCUUGCAUUCUCGCUGCCGCUUGUGGUGCGAAGGUGGCCAAGCAUGGGUCUCGGUCGAGCUCGUCGGCCUGUGGAAGCGCGGACGUGCUGGAAGCUCUGGGCGUGGAGAUAAACCUUGGGCCGGAGGGGGUUGCAAGGUGCGUGGAGGAAGUGGGUGUCGGGUUUAUGAUGGCAGCCAAUUAUCAUCCUGCGAUGAAAGUAGUCGCGCCGGUCAGAAAGGCGAUCAAAAUUCGCACAGCAUUCAAUUUUCUGGGCCCAAUGUUGAAUCCCACACGAGCUCCCUACGCUAUCGUGGGUGUGUAUAACCAAGACCUCGUGUCGAGAAUGGCGAGCAUUCUCCAGAAUUUCGGAAUGAAAAGAGCUCUGGUGGUUCAUUCCGAAGGAUUGGACGAGAUGAGCCCUCUCGGUCCAGGAUUUGUUCUGGAAGUAACGCCGGGCAAAAUCGAGCAGUUCCAUUUCGACCCUUUGGAUUUCGGAAUUCCGAGAUGCACCGUCGAGGAUCUGAGAGGGGGAGAUCCGGCUCUGAACGCCCAGAUUCUCCGAGACGUUCUAGGCGGACAACAGGGUGCCAUUGCCGAUGCUCUGAUUCUUAACGCGGGCGCUGGACUGAUGGCCUGUGGAUUUACCAGAAACUUAGGCGACGGGGUGGUCCUUGCAAGGGAAGUGCAGCGGUCUGGGAAAGCUAAUAGCAUGUUGGAUGCCUGGAUUUCUCUCUCCAAGACGCUCAAGGACUAGAAUUGACGAAGUUCAUGAUGCACGAAUCGGCCAAUCUGACUCUGUUGCCUCUUCGUGCUUCAGCUCCAGUUGUAUAGGACACCUAUUUCCAAACCGUUCAGCCAGCAGCGUUUGCGUUUACAGGAUUGUAGAUUAUUGUAUUAGCCGGCAUUAGGUCAGGACACACCUUGCGGGUCUGCUUGUGGCCAGGACACCACGGGCAUUCGCCACAAGUCUGUAGGGUAUAUUAUGUGAUUAUUCUAUCAAAUUGAAAGUUUUGAAGAGAUGUAGGGAAACACAGAUUGCAUCUCUGGACAUAGCUCACAUCACAUGUAACCCAUAUGUGCACCCUCACAUGUUUCCGCUCGGUUUGGCGGCCUUCAAAUUUUCCUUGAAACUUCGAGAUCUUCUUUUCAGCCUUCAGUGGACAUUGCAACUCUGGAUUCAGUGAAAUCUGGAAGAAAGCCUUAGUUAGCCUUUGUUAGUUAUGUCAUCGGCACAUCGAAGGUGCUUCCGAGUCACGCAAAGUUUUCUAUACAGUGGAUAAGGAUAUGAGAAAGAAUUGUGAUGAAUGGUAUCAAAUUAUCAAUGGCUGUGCCACCGUCUACUGUCCUGGCCGCGAUCCCGAGAAUUGAAUACUUAUAUCCCGA